AUGACGCAAUCCUUACGGCAAUAUAAAUGCAGGGACCUGGCCCACUGCAAAUGCACUCUUGUUUCUGAAAGCAAUAGAACCAUGAAGAUCCUUUACCUUGUCUUUGCUGUUCUUCUUCUUGGGCUUCUACAAGGGCCAGGAGUUGCCGAGGCAGGGAUCAAAACCUAUGCAGAUUGUAGASUUGCUAGGGGUGGCUGCUACUCCUUCUUCUGUCCUCGUGGCACUGUCACCAUUGGGAAAUGCAGUUUGUCACAGAAAUGCUGCAAAGGAAACAUUGGAAAGUGAUGGCAUGAUCCUACCAAAAAUUGAAAGUCCCAGAAGCUACAUCCUUUGAGAUCUUGUGGAACGUGACCAGCAGAACGGCUUGCAAAUGCUUCAUCCUUUCUUUCACAACCAUUGGAAUCAGCUUCAAAAAAUCUUUUGCUACUGAUCAGAAACUUGGCAAACUUUCCUUUCCUCUUGCUCCUUUCUGAAUGCAAAUAAACUUGCAGUGAAA